CUCUCUGUGUCUUUAAGGAGUGGUCGCAGAGUCACGGGUCAAGAUAGGUAGCGUUCACCUGGAACUGAGCAGGCACUCCCAGUUUGCCAGGACAACAGCAGUAUUGAUCCGAGCGAUUCUUUCAAGCCUGACGUCAGCGCCGCGUUGAUUCGCUCCGGCGAGACACAAGGGAAGGAGUUGGUGCGUUUUCGCCGAGAAACCAGAGCGAGAGAACCACAGAGCGGGGCUUUACUAUGCUCCACAAGCGCGCCGGCCCCCCCUGUUUGCCCGCGUACACUCCGGACGUGACUCGCUAACUUCAGAUUUCAUCCCGUUUUUUCCACGCUUGGCUAAAACCACUGCGGAGCGGGGGCAAGGCUAACCUCAUGAGUCGGCCUGGCGGACUUCCAUCGGCGUCAUGGAUUUAACAAAGAUGGGUAUGAUCCAGCUGCAGAACCCCAACCACCCCACGGCGCUCCUGCACAAGGCCAACCAGAUGCGCAUGGCGGGGACGCUGUGCGACGUGGUCAUCAUGGUGGACAGCCAGGAGUUCCACGCCCACCGGACCGUUUUGGCGUGCACCAGCAAAAUGUUUGAGAUACUCUUCCACCGCAGCAGCCAGCAUUACACCCUGGACUUUCUCUCGCCAAAGACGUUUCAACAGAUUUUGGACUACGCUUACACCGCCACGCUCCAGGCCAAGGUGGAGGACUUGGAUGACUUGCUGUAUGCGGCGGAGAUCCUGGAGAUCGAGUAUCUGGAGGAGCAAUGUCUCAAGAUCCUGGAGACCAUCCAAUCGUCGGACGAGAACGACGCGGAGGUCGGCGCCAACGACGGCGGCGCCGAGGAGGACGACGAGCGCAGAGGCCACAACGGGAUCAAGAGCUCCAAAAAGCAUUCCGUCGAGAGUCUGUACCUGGCGGGGGCGGAGCAAGUCUCCGCCAUGUCCGGCAUGGUGGACCAGAGUCCCUCGGUGUCCACGUCCUUCGGGGGCGUGGCCAACCUGAGCCCCACCAAAGCCGCGGUGGACAGCCUGAUGAGCAUCGGCCAGAGCCUCCUUCAGCAAGGCUUCGGGGGCGACCACGCCAACGCCCAGCACCUCAUGAGCGAGAUCAAGACGGAAAUGAUGCAGGUGGACAUGGGCGGCAACGGCCACGAAAGCGCCGAGUCGGGCGGCUCCAGCAACGGCGAGCGCGGCGGCGAGGACCGCAAUCGAGACGGACCGGGCACGCCCACCCGCAGCAGCGUCAUCACCAGCGCCCGCGAGCUGCAUUACGUCCGCGACGACGGCAUGGGCGACCCUCAAGCCGAGGUGGGCCACAUGGGUCUGGAAGCCAUGGCCGGCAUGGCCGAGAAACACCUGGCGUCCCUCUACUCCCUCCCGGUCAAUCACAAAGGCGAGGCCGUCAUGUCCAUGCCGGUCUCCAUGGCGUCCGCCUUGCCCAUGUCGCCGGCCUUGGCCAUGUCGGUGGACUUCAGCGCCUACGGCGGACUGCUGCCUCAAAGCUUCAUCCAGAGGGAGUUCUUCAGCAAGCUCGGCGAGCUGGCGGUGGGCAUGAAACCCGACGGCAGGAACCAGCACGAACGCUGCAACGUUUGCGGGGCCGAACUUCCGGAUAACGAAGCCGUGGAGCAGCACAGGAAGAUGCACAGCGGAAUGAAGACCUACGGCUGUGAGCUGUGCGGCAAGAGCUUCCUGGACAGCCUCCGUCUACGCAUGCAUCUGCUGUCUCAUUCAGCCGGCGAGAAGGCCAUCGUCUGCGACCAGUGCGGCGCUCAGUUCCAGACCGAAGAAUCCCUGGAGGCUCACCGGCAGAUCCACACCGGCUCCGACAUGGCCAUCUUCUGCCUGCUGUGCGGCAAGCGGUUCCAAACCCAGACGGCAUUACAGCAGCACAUGGAGGUCCACGCCGGCGUGCGCAGUUACAUCUGCAGCGAAUGCAACCGGACCUUCCCGAGCCACACGGCGCUGAAACGUCACCUGCGCUCGCACACAGCCGGGGACCACCCGUACGAGUGCGAGUUCUGCGGGAGCUGCUUCCGCGACGAGAGCACGCUGAAGGGCCACAAGCGCAUCCACACGGGGGAGAAGCCCUACGAAUGUAACGGCUGCGGCAAGAAGUUCAGCCUCAAGCACCAGCUGGAGACCCACUACCGCGUGCACACAGGUGAGAAGCCAUUUGAGUGCAAGCUGUGCCACCAACGAUCCAGGGACUACUCGGCCAUGAUCAAGCACCUGCGCACCCACAACGGCGCCUCGCCCUACCAAUGCACCAUCUGCCUGGAGUACUGCCCCAGCCUGUCGGCCAUGCAAAAGCACAUGAAGGGCCACAAGCCUGAAGAUGUCCCACCAGACUGGCGCAUCGAGAAGACCUACCUGUACCUCUGCUACGUCUGAGAGCACGGGGAGGUAUCGGGGAACGGGGGAAAGGGGCGGGGAUACGGAGAAUGUAGUUAAGGCGUGAGGUGAGGAUGCGGCAGAGGGUCGCCGAUGCAAAAGGGGGAGCGAUAAGACUGAGGAGAGUGUCUUGCGUUCUCUUCUUGUCCUUUGGUCCUCCUAGAAAGACUCGCUAGAGACGCAAAGUCUCCGCGGUUUGUUCGGAAUCACCGGGUCAUUCCCGCACACGUGCAUUGUGUUACUGUGUUGUUGUUGUCCUUCUUUUGUUUUUUUUUUUGGUUUGUUUUUCGUUUCGUUUCAGGUCGCCUCGUGAUGCAAACACGAGCUGCAGGGAAAGCGUUGCUGCUACAAGCGUUGACGGAUUCUCAAGGGCUAUCAGACGAGCUCAAAUCUGAAAACUGAUUUUGUAAGGCCCAUUCGCCGAGAGUUUUUCUAGUUCUGGUCAUCAAUUCUGAAAACCUCCUCAACCCCAAACAAAUCUCGAUCAUGUGAAGACAAUGCGAAGGUGAUUUAAGUCGAGUGGGAAAAGGAGCUGAACACUUCUUUGUGUUUCUGGUAGUUGCUGUUGCAACCGAGUGGAGACCUCGGCCAAGGCUAGGCCUUCUCCCGAGAAGAUCGCUUACCAAAUUGCGUACUUGACAGAUAAGCCACCUCACUGGUUCCCGAAGAACCGGAGGAAAAUGUUUCCCAUCUCACAGUGUUUGUACUCCUGACAGAAAAACACACCAAAACAAAAUGGCUUCUUCUUUGGCCCGUGCCCCACAACGCCACCAAGUUUUGAGGUUAUACCUUAAAACUUUUUUGUGUGCGUGUCAUCAUGCUAACGCUUUGAUACACCCCCUCAUUUUUUUUUGUAGAUCCCUAAAAAGAUUCUUUGAUUUAUCCACUUAGAGGUCGGUAGAAAUCUGUUCAUUAGUGUUCUUCAUUAGCAUGCUAACAAAAGUCCUUGAUGGAGUUAGCAAGAAUGGCACUUAGGCGACGGCACCUUGGCCGAACAUUUUCUGGAUUUUGGCGAUCCGCUGAAAAAUUGAUGCAAAUUACGAAAAGUGCCCAUUCAAAACCAAAAUUCCUGGAUCGGCGCCUUAUACCGUAGCAAUUUGUACACUUUUCUACGUAUCCGCAUCUUACGAAUACAUCUGAAAUUUUGUCGUUGAGAUUCGUAAAUUUUCCCCCGUGAGGAAAUUCCCCCCAAAACGUCCUCAUGAGAAUCCUGGCAUCCGCACCAAAAUUGGACGACUCCUUCCUCGACCCUCGCUCUACCAAAUUCCGUCCCAUGAACGAAAUGAAAUGCUAACCAAGCAAAACUGGAUCAAAUACUUGAAUGUCGACGAAUCGAUUACCGCAGUUUUUUUUUUUGUUUUAUUUUGUUUUGCGAUAAUUCCGGAUAGCCCCUGAGAAUCGCCAGUCGAGCCAGUCGGAAUAUGCAGUAAAUGAUGAAGUGGGAGUGCGAAAAACAAAAGAUGAACCUGAAUGGUGGGUUUGGAGGGAGGGGCUUGGUUUUUGGGGGGCGGGGCUAUAGUGCUGCUUUUAUUUUUUAUUUUUAUGUUUUAUUUUUUUGUGUGUCAGCGUCCUCUCAUUGGUCUUCCUGAUCCGGGGGUGUCCAAAGGCUGACUUAUAUUUUCUUACGCUCCGCAUGAUCAUCAUCUAUCAAUGUAUCGCCGCGACAACGACAACAGUCUUUGUUUGAAAUCAGUCAAGCUUUAUAUUCACAUUAAUCACAGCAAUACACCGCCGCCAUUCGCGUAUUAUCUCAUUCAUCUCACACUAACCACAAAAGAAAGAAAGAAAGGAAAAAAUGGUCUUGGGGAAAGAGAAACGGCUGCUCUCGAAGGAGUGAAUGUGAAAAGACUUGCACGCCAAGGCGGGGGAAUUUCGGACCCCAUAAAUGCCGACCGCCCGGCAAUGAUCGAGCAUCACUGUUAUCCAAGGAAGAGGAAGCGGGAAGCGUGGAUUGGACUGCUUGAGUGAUUGACAGAAAAGGCACGGCCAAUGGGGCGACGGAUAAAUGGACUCUUUCCCUGUGGUUCCAUCUCCUCGUUUUUACGUCAUACUUGAAUUACCUCAUUUUGUGACCUCAUGCCCCCCCCCUCCCCCGAUGUUUUGUUAGCGUCACGAGUUGAAAAAAUGCGUUGCACAGCGUGAUGAAGCAGUGUGGGUGUUGACGCAUGCUUCGAAAGUACCGCCACAGCGAUGAAAUUUCUUUUGUCUGCGCGUGUUACCAAACUUGGUAUUAUUGAUAUUAACCACGCUUGUUAAAGAGUCCGCAGGUUUGGUCUUUUUUGUUGUUGUUUUUGUUUCAUGUGUUGUUUAUCAAAAGCUACCUCUAAGUUCAUGUUUUGGCAAAAGCACAUUUUUAAUUUUUUUUUUUUGUCGACUUCUUUCAUCAUUGCUACUUCAUCUCACGCUUGUGUUUUGUUUUUGUUUUUUUUAUUUUGCUCCUCAAAUUUGAGUUGGAUUCACUGUAUCUCCUCAAGUAGUGGCCUGUUCUCAAGAAAUGUGGGGUGAUUUUUUUUCGUUCCCCAAAAGUCCAGGUUUUUAAACUCCCCCCCAAAAAAAUAUACACUUUUUUUUUUUACCCAGUUUUGUGCAUUUUUUUUCAUCACACCUUCUCGCCACUUAUUUGUUUUUAAGUUACCCAAUUCCCCGCAUAGUCACAUUUUCAAUCGACUGGCUCUUCUUUUUUUUCUGAUCCAUAUUUACUCAUGCUUCUUUAUUCAUAUUUUCAAUCAGAUAUGAACUCCUGCUUAUUGUCCUUUUUACUUUUGCCUUUUUUUUUUUUGUUUAAUCUCGCAAUUGGCCUGAUCCAAACUCUACUUUGUGUACAUUUUUUUCCCUCAUCUUCCACUUAUUGGACGCUUUUUUUUACAUUGCAUUUUCAGUUUUUAAUUGACCUGAUUCUUAGCUCAUUUGUGUAUUUUUGUUUGUUUUUUCCCGCCCCCCCAUGGAAAUUAUUGUAUAAGGUAUAAGACUCAGUCCGUACAACUCGUGAAUAUCUGCAGUUAAGUAACCAAACUGUUUGCCACCCCACUGCCACUACAUGAGGAAAUACAGUUAUUUGAAAGCAAAAAUCUUUGGAAAACAGUCAAAAAGCAAAUUAUAAUAAUAAGCAUGGUAAAGGGUUGAUGGGAUGGAGGAACAUGGCCCAAGCGGACAUUUUGGAAUGAGGAAGAAAUAAAUGGGGGGG